AAUGAAUUUUUGUAAUACAGGACCAAUUGCUGCAUAAUGGUAAUAAUUAUCAGCUUUGAUUAUACUAGUUAUUUAGGUAAAGAUGUUGUUUAAUCAAUUCAUUACUUUUUGAUUAAAGCUAUUUAAGAUUUAACUAGACUUGGACAUGAUUUACAUAUUGAUUUCGGUUUUAUUAAAAUCAGUGUGUUAAACAAAUAUCUAAAAUAUAAAUAUGAAUAAUCAUUUAUUAAUAAAUUGAAUUAAACUGAUUACGAAUUAAAAGUAAUUAACUCACUAAUUGUUUGUAGAUGCGUAAGUCAGACAUGGCUACAUCUCAACAUUGGAGAACUACUUAAGAAGAAAAAUGGUCUAAAAGUACUCUAAAUCAUUUACUCACCAGACCAAAUCCAAAUUAAGUUUAAGAUAAUUAUGAAAAGUCUAUGGCUCUUAAAAUUAUGUCAUUAGAUCUCAAUACUGCUGAAUAAACUAAUUAUAAUCAAAAUUAAAAAGUCAAAUUACCAACAUUAAAUAAAUGA